CCCUGUGUGGCUGUGUGCUCUCAGCUGAACUGAGAAGUGAGAAGCUAAACUUGAGCGUGAGAGAGAGCAUUUUUCCACGAGAAAAAGCUUUUUCCAAUUAACUUGUUAGUUAUGGCAUCUUCAUUCUCAACGCAGUUGGUACAUAGUCAGAACUUACUUCCUCGUUUUCAUCAUGUCCAGGGGAAUUUUAGCCAAGAUGUGUCAAAAGCUGGAAGGCCCCAUGUGGUCUAUAGCAGUACCGGAUUACAGCUUGGUUACGGCAAAACAUUGGCAUCAAAAUCUCAUUAUGCUUCGAGGUUUUCUCUCACACAACAAUCUGAAGCAAAACCAAUCACCUAUAGGAGAAUGACAUGUAUUAAUGCUAAGGAAAAUGUUCUAGAGCUGCAAGCCAAAGUGACAAACAAGUGUUUCUUUGAUGUAGAAAUUGGGGGUGAACCUACUGGAAGGAUUGUUUUCGGCCUAUUUGGAGAGGUUGCUCCUAAAACAGUUGAGAAUUUCCGUGCUUUGUGCACAGGAGAGAAAGGAUAUGGUUACAAAGGAUGCUACUUCCAUCGUAUAAUCAAAGAUUUCAUGAUUCAGGGAGGUGACUUCACUGAAGGAGAUGGAACUGGUGGAAUCAGUAUCUAUGGUGCUAAAUUUGAAGAUGAGAGUUUUGCUUUGAAGCAUGUUGGUGCUGGAGUAUUGAGCAUGGCAAAUGCCGGUCCUAAUACCAAUGGUAGUCAAUUUUUUAUUUGCACUGUACAGACUCCAUGGUUAGACAAUCGCCAUGUUGUGUUUGGACAUGUCGUUGAAGGAUUGGAUGUUGUGAGGACACUUGAAUCGCAGGAGACAAGCAAGUUAGAUAACAGCCCUCGGAAAUCAUGCAGAAUUGCUAAUUCUGGGGAACUGCCAAUAGAUGGUUGAUCUUUACACUGAAGUGCAGUAAUUUUUCUGACUUUAAUUACAAUUUUCAGUUGCCACAAAUCCCAACUAGUUUGGGAUAAAUGUGUUGUCAAUGUUGAAGUUGAAUUAUGGGGGAGGAGGGGUUAUGGAUAUCUGCAAUGUUCAUGUUGUUUGAAUUAUCAUUGCUCUAUGCUGAAGGAAAAAUUGAAUGUCACUACAAGUGCAUUUAGUGAAUUAUUAUUAGGAGAGAUUUUGUAUUACUAGAUUCGUACCACAA